AUUUGCGGUAUUCGACUUGUUAUGCGCGACGAACGGUCACGCCACGUUUUUUCGUCAAUUCGUCUGUUGAUUUCAGCGAAUUUCUCUUUCAGGUUCUAAGCGCCUGUGUCAUUCGACGUGCCGAAACCAUGUCUAGAUACAGCCAGAGACCCGAGAACGCGUUAAAACGCGCAAAUGAAUUCCUGGAGGUCGGACGGCCCGGCCGGGCCCUCGACACCCUUUACGAGGUGUUCAGAAACAAAAAAUGGGCUUACAACUGGAGCGAAAGCGUCCUGGAACCGAUCAUGUUCAAGUAUCUGGAGCUGUGCGUCGACCUCAAGAAGUCGCAUAUCGCCAAAGAGGGAUUGUUCCAGUACAGGAACAUGUUCCAGUCUGUCAAUGUCGGGUCAUUGGAGAAUGUCAUACGGGGCUACUUAAGAAGCGCUGAAGAGCGGACAGAAGCAGCCAGAGAACAGUCACAACAGGCUGUAGUUGAUAUUGAUGACUUAGAUAACUUGGCUACGCCAGAAAGUAUACUUCUAAGUGCUGUUAGUGGAGAAGAUGCUCAAGACCGUAGUGACAGAACAAUAUUGACCCCGUGGGUUAAAUUUUUAUGGGAGUCGUACUGUCAAUGUUUGGAACUUUUGAGAACUAAUGCCCAUGUGGAAACUUUAUAUCAUGAUAUAGCAAAAAUGGCUUAUCAAUUUUGUUUAAAAUACAACCGUAAAACAGAGUUCAGAAAGCUAUGUGAUAAACUACGGAAACAUCUUGAAGAUAUUGCUAAGUUGCCUCCACAAACUGUUAAUGUUAGCCUUUCAAACCCAGAAACACAACAAUAUAACUUGGAAACACGUUUGUGUCAAUUAGAUUAUGCUAUUCAGAUGGAAUUAUGGCAGGAAGCAUACAAAGCAACUGAAGAUAUCCAUAAUUUAAUGUCAUUGGCUAAGAAGUCUCCUGUUCCGAAAACUAUGGCCAAUUAUUAUCAAAAAUUAGCUAUGGUUUUCUGGAAAGCUGGUUAUAAUUUAUUCCAUGCUGCAGCCCUAUUAAAACUUUUCCAACUCAGCAAAGAAAUGAAAAAAAAUAUUACUGCUGAAGAACUUCAAAAAAUGGCUUCUCGUGUUUUGUUGGCCACUUUAGCUGUACCAUUACCAUCUGCUCAUCCUGAAUUUGAUCGCUUCAUUGAAACUGAUAAAAGUCCUUAUGAAAAAGCACAAAAACUUGCAGUUCUUUUAAGUCUCCCUGCCCCGCCUACAAGAAUUUCUCUUAUGAAAGAAGUUGUUCGCCAUAAUGUAGUAUCUUUAGCAUCUGAGGAUUUACGUAAUCUUUACAUGUGGUUAGAAGUAGAGUUUCAACCUUUGGAACUAUGCAAACGUGUUGAAACUGUAACUGAGCCACUUAUUGGUAGUGGUAGUGAAUUGGAAGGAUAUGUUGCUCCUGUACGUGAAGUAACUUUGGCACGGUUAAUUCGACAACUCUCUCAAAUUUAUGAAACACUUGAAUAUAAAAGGCUCUUAGAAUUAGCUUCUUACUGCAAGCCUUUCCAUAUGGAACGUGUGCUAGUUGAUUUGGUCCGCCAUAACGAUAUGCAGAUUCGUAUUGAUCAUGGAAAAGGAUGUAUUCAGUUUGGAAUGGACUUGUCUGAAUCACAACGGGAAGACAAGCCAGAAGGACCAACUCUACAAACAAUGCCUAGUGAACAAAUCCGUACUUAUCUAAUUAAUACUUUCAAAGUAUUAUCUAAAUCUGCUAGUAUUAUCAAUCCAGAAGCUAAUAAGGAUGAAUGCAAACAAAUUCACCAAUCUCUUAUCAGACAUCAUCAUGAAACCAAAGAUAAAGAACAUCAAAGAAUUUUGGCCCGCCACAAAAUAAUUGAAGAUCGUAAAGAAUACUUAGAAAGAUUGAAUACCGUUCGAGAAGAAGAAGAAGCUCGCCGAGCAGAAGAAAUUGCUAAGGCUGCUGCUGCAGCUGAAGCAAGACGAUUAGAUGCUGAACGCGAAGAAAGAGAAAAAAGACGCCAGGAAUCCGAGCUACAAGCUAUCAAAGAUAGAAAUUUCAAAGAAAAAAUGCAACAAAUUUCUCAAACAGCUCAUGGUCAAAAAGUUUUAAAAAAACUGAAUGAAGAUGCUUUGAAAAAUAUGGACGCUGAUGAAAUUGCUGCUAAGGAAGCUGAAGAAUUGGCAAAAGAACGAGCAGAAUUGGUACAAAAACUAAAAAAUCGCAGAAAACAAAUGGAUUAUUUUGAAAGAGCAAAAAGAAUAGAAGAAAUCCCCUUAUUAGAACAGGCAUGGAAAGAAAAACAAAUUCACGAUAAAAAGUUUUGGGAACAUCAAGAAGCUGAACGUAUUCAGUUAGCAAAUCAGGAGCGAAAAUUAGCAGAACAAAACCGUGAAAGGUUGGCUAGAAUGAAACCAGACAUGGAUAUAUUCUUAGGAGAAAUGAAAGAGCGUCGCACAGCUGAGUUCCAAGCCAAAUUGGUGGUGUUUGAAGAAGAAUUGAUUAAUAUUCGUAAGGAAAGGUUGGCAAUCAGGAAAGAAGAAAGGAAAAUAGCAUUGAUCAAACAACGUGAAGAGGAAAAGAGACGUAAAGAAGAAGAAGAAUGGUUACGUAAAGAAGAAGAAAGAAAGAAAAAAGAAGAAGAAGAAAGAAAGAAAAAAGAAGAAGAAGAGCGUUUGGCUAAUUUGGCUCGUCAAGAACAACUUGAAAGACAAGCUGAAAUCCAACGGAAAAAGGAAGAAGAAGUACAGAGAAAAUUGGAAGAGAAGAAUAAGAGCCUUUCAUCAACAACUUCAGCGUCGUCUUCCUGGAGAAAUUUGGACAAGGCCAAAGAAGAUCCUAAAAUGUUCAGCUCUUCUCGAGACAAUAAAGAUAGAAGAGAAGGAGGAUUUGGGCGUACUAGGGAUGAGGGUCCACCCCCUGAACGUCGGUCAUUGUUUAGUAAUAAUAGAGGCACCGAUGAACGCAAAACAGGAGUAUUUUCAAGAGAUAAUGACCGUGGUGGUUGGAAUCGUGGCGGAGGUGCUAGUAGUACUGGUGGUGCCUUUGAUAAAAAUUUUAAAGAUACCCCAAGAGACGGAGUCCGUUCAGCUUUUGACAGAGAUACACCAAGAAAGCGAGAUAUACCUUCGUCCAAUGACCAAGGUGGAGGAAGUUCAUGGCGUACCAGUCGCGCUCAAGACUCUGAGGAUAAACGAAAGGCCAAGUGAUUUUAAAAUGACUGUUUAUAAAAUUAUUCGUCUUCAUUUUUUUUUCUAAAUCUGAUAUAUUCAUAUUUAUGAUUAUUUUCUUAUUAUUUAAAUGUAGAACUUUUGAGCUAUCAACAUGUUUUUUUUUUUAUCUUAAAAUUUGCAAAUAAUUAUAUAUAUAUUACAUAAAUCAAUGAUGAAUACAUUCAUGUAUGACAUUAAUAUAUAGCUACAUAAAUAAACAUAAUAUAUUAGAUUUAA